UAAAUUUUUCAUUUAUUCAGCAUUCAGGGCUUACUCAGUUGACCCAAGAUCUUGUGGCUUUUCAUAGAUCCAAAACAUUGCACAAUAGAUUUUCAAAAUGAAAGGGCAGAAAAAGUAUUGUAGCAUACAGAAUCUGAUCUCCUGGCUAAAUGAGUUUGACUUAAAAAUAAUCCUUCAAAAGAUAAGUGUUGUUUCCUAAUGAAACUUCUGGUUAGGAAGGUACAGAAAGCAGAUGGCCGCAAUAACAUUUGUCACUUAGAAAUUAACAAAGCAUACUUGCUCUAAUCAGAUAAUAAGGGAGAAGAUAUUUCCUGGAUCAGAUUUCUCAUGUGAUCAGGGAGUUCUAAUAUCUGAGAAGUAUGCAUUGGGGAUAGCCAAAGGAUUUCCACCAAUAAAUUGUGGCUGUCAUAAUUUGGACCAAGAUAUUAUGGGGGAAAUUCUGAUAGUCAAUGAUAGUUUAUAAGUGGGAAUAGUUGGCUAUCCCCCAAACAUUCUUUUGACCAUUUAUUAAAUGCAAGAAAGAAAAAAAAAACAAUUCUUCAAUUCACAUAUUACAUUUGCUAAAGGAUCUACUAAAAUGAAUUAUUCACUUUAUACUCUUGGAAAAACACAGAGAGAGAGAAACAGGCAGCAGGUGACCAACUUUAGGGAUGUUGCAGAGUAGAAUAUCAAGAAAUUGGAUCCAGCUUAGCAAUUCAAUUACUUAAUGAAAGUGAUCCUCUGCUCAGGUUAUUUUUGCCAAUCCAUUAAAACAAAUCUCCAUCAUGCUUAAAGUCACUGUUUUCAAAGCAAAUUUUCCAAAGGCCAAUACAGGACUUUGCAUCUAUCUGACUUAGCCACAAUGUUAAUUCACAAGAAAGUUUGGGAGAGGGGCCAAGGAACUGUCACAUUUAGAAACCAGUCGAUCAGUCAAUAAGAAUUUAUUAAUUGCUCACUAUUCCCUGGACACUGUGCUAAACUUUGAGUCUCCAAAGAAUGGUAAAAGGUAGUGCAUGUCCUCAGGAAGCUUGAUGGAAGCAGGAAGCAGCAAGCAGGCUGAGAAGAUAAAAUUUUGGAAUUUUUAAAAUGAAAAUUUACAAUAUCAAGUUAUUUAUAAUUAAAGUCCAAACCUCCAGUUAUUAUUCGUUGUGGAAAGCGUUAAUACUAUUAAAACUAUCAAUAACCUGGUGUGUGGCUACCCCUUCUUUAGUAGCUCGUCGGCACUUUGCCCCUCUCAGUAGCUUUGCCCUCAAUCAAAACCAGGUUUUGCCAGAGAGAAGCUUCAAAACCCUACAGUAACCAUUUCGUUCUUCUCUUGUGUCCGUGUUGCAGGUAGGCGGGACCAACAGAAAGGGAAAAGGAGGAGCUGGAGCUGGUAGGACCACAUCACUGGGAUCCUGCCUAAACUGAGAUCUACUUCCCUGGACAGUUCCCCACAUGGGCACAGUCUUCUCAAGCGCAGGAAAAACCUAGGGAUCCUUCAGGAAGGCAGGCAGUCACUUCAAGCCUGGGCAACUGGACUGAGUGGCCUGGGGCACCACCUCCUUGAUGUUUCUAAAAAGGCGUAAAUGUGAUGUCAUGCCCGUUGUUUUGGUACGCCCGACCAAUAGGACUCACCUCCUGGAUUCUACAGGAGCCGGGAUGGGCCCUUCCUCUCACCAGCAGCAGGACUCCCCUCUCUCUACCAUAACGCAUUGCGCAGGGUGCACCACCGCCAGGUCUCCCUGCAGCUUUAACAGUUCUGAUAUGGAAACCCCAUUGCAGUUGCAGCGAGGCUUCUUUCCCGAUCAGCAGCAGCAGCAGCAAAAUCACCAACAGCCGCAGCAGCAGACACAAGACAAACCGUGCCUCUCCUUCCAGCAGCACUCAAAGCAACAACAUUACUACCACCACCAGCAGCAGCAGCAGCCACAGAUACACCAGUGGCAGCCGGGUAGUAGCGGCAGUAGCUCAUGCCUUCAGUGCAACAGCUGCGCCUCCUCCAGCGCCCAGGUGGCGGGGGGAAGGGUGGGGGAUAAUCUGCCUCUGCUACUCCGCACCUCAUCACCCGGCAGCGCUUUUGGAACCCGCAACUCCACGCCUGUUUCCACCUCAUCCUGCUGCUGCUGCUCUUCUCGGAGGGGCAGCCAGCUCAAUGUGAGUGAGUUGAAUCCAUCUAGCCAUGCCAGUGUCCCCAGGAAACAGCAGCAGCAGUUCCCACAGUACCAAUACUCUUCCCAAUACCACCAGUGCAGCUUGCAGCAGGCUGCCAGCCCCACUAGCAGCCUCAGAAGCAGCGGCGGUGGCAGCGGGCACCUCCACCACAAUCGCCAUCACCACCACCACCAGCAGCAGCAGCAGCAGCUGCAGCAGGGUCGCCGGGAAAGCAACCCCUUCACUGAAAUAGCCAUGAGCAGCUGCAGGUACAACGGAGGAGUGAUGCGUCCACUCAGCAACUUAAGCUCCUCCCGCAGGAACCUGCAUGAGAUGGACUCAGAGUCUCAGCCCCUGCAGCCCUCAGCUUCUGGUGGCUGUAGGUCCUCUUCCCCAGCUGCAGCCGUUCCUCCUCCUCCUGCUGCCCCCUCUUCCUCAGCCCCGGAGAUAGUAGUGUCCAAACCCGAGCACAAUAACUCUAACAACCUAGCGCUGUAUGGGAGCGGUGGGGGUGUUGGUGCUGGAGAUAGAGGAGGUGGGGGUGGGAGAAGCAGCGGGAUCAAGUCUAGCAAGAAGAAAAACCAGAACAUAGGUUACAGGCUAGGCCUUCGGAGAGCCUUAUUUGAGAAGAGAAAGCGGCUCAGCGACUACGCGCUCAUCUUCGGCAUGUUCGGGAUUGUGGUCAUGGUCAUUGAGACUGAGUUGUCCUGGGGCGCCUACGACAAGGCAUCCCUGUAUUCCCUAGCUCUGAAAUGCCUUAUCAGCCUCUCCACAAUUAUCCUGCUUGGUCUUAUUAUUGUGUAUCACGCCAGGGAGAUCCAGUUGUUCAUGGUGGACAAUGGAGCAGAUGACUGGAGAAUAGCCAUGACUUAUGAGCGUAUUUUUUUCAUCUGCUUGGAAAUAUUGGUGUGUGCUAUUCAUCCCAUCCCUGGGAAUUAUACAUUCACAUGGACAGCCCGGCUUGCCUUCUCCUAUACCUCAUCCACAACAACUGCUGAUGUGGAUAUCAUUUUGUCUAUACCAAUGUUCUUAAGACUUUAUCUUAUUGCCAGAGUUAUGCUUUUACAUAGCAAACUUUUCACUGAUGCCUCCUCUAGAAGCAUUGGAGCUCUUAAUAAAAUAAACUUCAACACGCGUUUUGUUAUGAAGACUUUAAUGACUAUAUGUCCAGGAACUGUACUGUUGGUUUUUAGUAUCUCCUUAUGGAUAAUUGCUGCAUGGACUGUCCGAGCCUGUGAAAGGUACCAUGAUCAACAAGAUGUCACUAGCAACUUCCUUGGAGCAAUGUGGUUGAUUUCAAUAACUUUUCUCUCCAUUGGUUAUGGUGACAUGGUACCUAAUACGUAUUGUGGAAAAGGAGUCUGUUUACUUACUGGAAUUAUGGGUGCUGGUUGCACUGCACUGGUGGUAGCUGUGGUUGCCAGGAAAUUAGAACUUACCAAAGCUGAAAAACACGUGCAUAAUUUCAUGAUGGAUACCCAGCUAACCAAAAGAGUGAAAAAUGCAGCUGCCAAUGUACUCAGGGAAACAUGGCUAAUUUACAAAAAUACAAAGCUGGUAAAAAAAAUAGAUCAUGCAAGAGUAAGAAAACAUCAGCGUAAAUUCUUACAAGCAAUCCAUCAAUUAAGAAGUGUAAAAAUGGAACAGAGGAAACUAAAUGACCAAGCAAAUACAUUGGUGGAUCUGGUCAAGACACAAAGCAUCAUGUAUGACAUGAUUUCUGACAUAAGUGAAAGGAGUGAAGAAUUUGACAAGAGGGUUGGUAACCUGGAAAAUAAGUUAGAGACUUUGAUUGGUAACAUUCAAGCCCUCCCUGAACUGCUAAGUCAGACAAUCAGUAAGCAGCAAAGAGAUUUUAUGGAAGCUCAGAUGCAAAGCUACAACAAGAAUGUUGCCUACAGUGCAGAGCGGUCACGGUCCUUGACCCGAAGAAGGAGGUCCUCCUCUACAGCACCACCAACUUCAUCAGAGAGUAGCUAGAAGAGAAUAAGUUAACCACAAAAUAAAAGACUUUUUGCCAUCAUAUGGUCAAUAUUUUAGCUUUUAUUGUAAAGCCCUAUGGUUCUAAUCAGUGUUAUCUGGGUUCUGAUGUCAGAAUUCUGGGAACCUGAACACAAUGUUUUAGGCCAAAAUGAGUGAAAACUCUUUUCUUUUCUUUCAGAUGCACAGGGAAUGCACCUAUUAUUGCUAUAUAGAUUGUUCCUCCUGUAAUUCCACUAACUUUUUAUUCAUGCACUUCAAACUUUACUACUACAGUAUAUAAUAUAAUAAAAAAUGUUAAUUUCUGCA